CCAAAACCCCGAGAUCUAAAAUAAAGAAAUUUCUCUUCUAAUCGAUUUUUUUUUUUGGAUAGGAUAGAGGUAUAUCCUUUCUAUUUCAAUGACGAGACAGAAAGCCGAAGAAAGGGUCGCAGUGAAUGGAUGCUAUUAGCUGACGGAGAUACACCCCGGACGACGGAGAUUCAUUGAUGAUAUUAAAUGGCAAUUCUCACAUUCCCCGAUCAUUUCCAAGCAGCCUUGAUUUCCUGCUCUGGAGCUCUUUUACUGAAGGAAGUCCACCACAAUCAAAUCCCUCUCCCCCUUCAAAUCACCAAAGAUGGUGAAAAUUCCAGAAAUCUACCAAGCAAACGCUAGCUUCGGCAAAAGCAAUGACAGUCCCCAAGGUCUCAUAUGUGUAUUUGCUGGAGCAACAAGCAACAUCGGUGCUUCUACUCUCGAGGCACUAGCAGAGAUGUUGCAAUCCCCCACUUUUUACGUACUGGGGAGAUCAGCGACGAGAUUCGCUACUCAACGCGAGAAGCUCCUCAGUCUAAACCCUCAAAUGAAGCUUGUGUUUCUCGAAGUCGAAAUGUCAUUGAUUUCCGACAUCGAUGGUGCGUGUAAGCAGAUCUUGGAUGUUGAAGAGAGGGUGGAUUAUUUGUAUAUGAGCCAAGGAUGCAUUCCCUUGAAUGUACCCCAAUACACGAAGGAAAGUUUGGAAAUAACCUUCGCCCUGUCGUACUAUACACGCAUGCGACUCCUAACUAAUCUUCUCCCAUUGCUACGCUGUUCUCCACGUGCGCGUGUUUUGAGCGUCCUCAACGCGGGACAAGAGCAGAUAAUGCAAGAUGAAGAUAUCGGUCUUCAGAAUCCUCAAAACUUUGGCCCUCGCGUAGCUAUUAACCACGCUACCACGAUGAUGACGCUAGGAUUGGAAUAUCUGUCGUACAGUGACGCAAACCAAAAUAUCACUCUUAUACACUCAUUCCCUGGGUUGGUAGCUAGCGACAAUUUUUCUCGUUUAACUGCACCAGACUCUUUUGGUCUGUUAGGAAAGAUAUUGGUGCCGCUCAUUGGCACUUUCUUCAGUGUGAUACAGAAGAUCUUUGGUAUCUCAACAGCAGAGUGUGGUGCCAGGCAGGCGUUUCUCUUGACAAGUGGUAGGUUUAAAAGAGGGAAAACGUGGAGGAUAGAUGACAAAAGCGAGGUCAUCACUUCUUCGAAUGAUGCAUUAGAUUGCUAUCGAGAAAAGGGUUGGCGAGAAAAGGUCUUUGCGCACACUUUACAAGUCUUGGAGAAAGCGACAAUUACUGGAUAGUUAAGAAUUUCUGCGUCUUGUCUUCUUCUCGCUAGCCCCAUCAUACUCCAUUGAUAUAACUCAUCCAGCGCAAGUCUUGGCUUCUCCACGAACUUGCAAUAUAAAUAUACUAUAACAGAAAUUUCAGUAUUGCGACGAGUUGCACAACAUGUAAAUUGCUCCGCA